UCAACCAACAACAUGGCGCUGUUUGUCUAGUUAUUGUGACAUUAGUCCGUGCAAAUGUUAGUUUUAUGUGAUAUAAUUUGACAUUUUGAACACUAAUGUGUACAUUAAUAACAGUGAAAGACUUUAUUAGGUGUAACAGUGAUAUGGUUUUAAAACUAUAAAGCCUGUAGAAAUGAAUUGUAACUGCCAGGAAGGGUACCUAUUAAGUGCGCGACAAACAAAUGUCCACCAAACCGAUUCGGAAGAGAGAAUACAAAAAUAGGGAAAGAUUACGAAAAAAGUCCAGUCACCUUAGUGAUUCUGGCUCUGGGUAUUGGCAACUUCAGCUCGAUCGUGAUCUAGUGGAUACCAUAUCUGCGAUAUACCCGGAGUGGUUUCGUAACAACAUGGCUGAAGGGGGAGGAUCCCCCACCAGCCCCAGGGAGUCACCUCCCAAGGCUGUAAUCGACACUUCUCCCAUUGCGAUUGAUCAAAAUAAAGAAUCCCUCAAGGUGAAAUUGCUGCUGAGAAGACCUUUUGAUCAGCUGGUGGCCCAAGGGAUCAUGCCCCCUCACAAAACACCUGCAGCUUAUCACGGCCAGAGGCGUCAAUUGGAGAGGGCAAAGACAGGUGAUAUGUUGAAGGCGAAGAUUCAACAGCGGCCCCCUCGACAUGAAUUAGAAAGACGUCACAUUCUGGAAGUAGAUCCAAGCCAUGUGGACCCAAGCUUAGCAGAACGUCAAAGAAUGUUGAAGAAGGCCAAGCUAGCUGAUCAUCUUAAUGAUCAAUUAUCACAUAGGCCCGGACCGUUGGAACUUAUUCAAAAGAAUAUUCUUCAUACUGAGGAACCAAUAGAAGAGGCUGUAAAAACCGGUAGAAUAUCAUAUAAGGCUACCAGUGAAGGUCAGCUUCACAGGCCACAACUACCUUCCAACUAUGUUAAUCCCGAAGAAGAUUCCCAAAGUUCUGAAGGUGAUAACAGAGUCAGUCCGGGUCCUUCGGAUGUCCUGGAAACAGCAGCGAAAUCCGCCGGAAUAGUUGUGUCCCUUUUACAACCAACGGAGACUGUGGUCGUGACUUCGUCGAGCCCCAUAUUGAAAAAAGACAAUAAUGACCUUAUAUUCGCGGAUCUGUGUAGAUCAGUGGCAGCGCCGCUUCUAUCACAGGCAUCCGCCUCUUCCCCUGCCUCCCUAGUGUCUUCCACCUCAACCUUAAGCCCUCUUUCCAGUGUUGCGAGUCCAAUCAUGUCACAACCUGCAACACCUGCUCCCCCUCCUCCGCCGCCCAUUUCCUUAAUAACUCGUACAAUGCAAUCGCCGGUAAGAAGUGAUUCCGUUAAGGAUAAAAAUAGGAAAAAGUCCAAAACGAAAUCAAUGCCAAAAACCCGCACUAUUAAAUUCCAUGAAUAUAAAGGACCACCUAAUGCUCAGAAAAAUUCCAAUUCGAGUUCAUCCCAAGAAGAAAGUUCGUAUGACUUAUUACUCAAACAACAGACGUUGCUUCUACAAUUUCAGUUACAGUUGCAGCACAAGUACCCACAAAUCAUCUUGCCAGCUUCACAAAAGUCAAUUUCUUCAGAUAGUAGUAGUAAUAGCAAUAAUAAUAUUAAUAUCCAACAGCCGUCACCUUCUCCUUCCACAUCUUCAGAAUCUUCGACACCCUCCAGAAUAACUGGCAGAUUAGAAGAUAUGAAAGUUAGUGAUUUGAAAGCCGAAUUAAAGCGCCGUAGCCUGCCGGUUUCAGGCUCCAAGCCACAACUUAUUGAAAGACUUAAACCCUUCACUACUUCUAAUGAUAUUAUUAACCACAAUCCCCCAUCAAUAGACUCAUCUAUUCACAGUAAUGCGAGUAUGGAUCAAGCACACAAUUCCCCUAUUUAUCAGAAUAUAGAUUCUCCAUCAUCACAAGAUGAGAAACCCGAGCAGAUGGAUUUGGACCCAACGAGUCCAGCUCCUCAGCCCAUGCAAGAACAAUAUAUACAAUACAAAAUUCAACAGAGUCAAGAAGCUUCUCAGCAAAAAUCUAAUGAACACGAGGAUAUCGUUAGAGAACAACAAAGGCAAAUUGAAGAACUGCAACGAGAACUAACGUUGUCUCAACUAAAACUACAAGCUGCAACUAGAUCGGAACCGAAAGCACAGAUGAUCGCUCUUCAGAAACACCUGCAGGCAAGACAGCAACAACAACAGCAAAGAUUACAACAACAACAACAACAGCAACAACAGCAGCAGCAACAACAACAGCAGCAGCAGCAGCAGCAACAACAACAGCAGCAGCAACAACAGCAGCAGCAGCAACAACAGCAGCAGCAGCAACAAAAUUUCGUUUUGCAAAUGAAGCAGUUGCAAGCGUUGCAGUCCAGACAAGCCGCGAAUGAAGAACAGCAAAGGUUACAACAACAGCAGCAGCAGCAACAACAACAACAGCAGCAGCAGCAACAACAAAUUAACUUCCACAAUCAGAAAAAUAUAACUGGUGGAUUAAUUUUAAACAGUGCUGAGGCAGCUCUCAUGUUCAACCAACUAAUGCAAAACAAAGCGAAGAUUCUUAACGGCCACAACAGAAGCACAUCAUCUCCAAACGUACUCAAUUCCAUCAUAACUCCAAUAAUAGCUACACCUGACAUAAAAGAAAUAAAAGCUGAAUACAUAGAAGACCAAAGAAUACCGAAAGAAGUGAAGAUAGAGUUCGCGGAUGAUAUUAAGCCCCCUCCGCCACAGUAUAGCGAAGCUACGAAGCAAAUGAACAAAAAGAAUCAUAUAAAAAGUCAGAUAGUUGACGACGUUUUAGAAAUAUUAAUUAAAAACGGGGAACUGCCGCCCAGUGCCGCUAAUGAUCCUCUUACUCCAAAUUCCGCUGGCACUAAAUCGACUGAACCUAUGUACCCACCUUCGGUUGCGGUACAGAAUCAUAUGGAUGAUAAUCAUAACCAUAACGGUACUGCGAUGGAUCCUGAUGGUCCGGAGGCCACUUUGGGAAUUGAUCCAUCCGAUUUACUAGAGACUUUAGAUAAUUUAGAAAAUAUGGAUUUUUCUCAGUUAGUGAUGGAACUAGGGGGUCAAAAUUCACAAGAGAACAACAACUUCAACAACGACCACCAACAAGAAGAAGACAUUGCCAUGGACACCGACGAUUGGUUAGAAUCACUUCUACCUUCUGAGACGGUCUAUCACAGCAAUAAUAGUUCUAAUUCGGCUCCUUUGGCCACUCAAGAGACCGAUCUAGGAGGCUAUGAUCCAUUGAUGGGAAUCGCUCAGGAUCCAUUCGAUCCCUUCAAUUUGGAGGAAUUUAGAACGCCAGCUGACUUGACGGCUUCUUUAUCCUGGGAUAAAAUAGACUACGCGGCGUAGUUGACGAGGGGUUUAUCCGUAUGUGUGAUUGUCGGUGCAGUGUUUAGCUGAAACUUCCCAUCUAGAAGAGUUUCCCAUCUAGAAGAAAAUAAAUCUAAUGGACUAAUUUAUGGACACCAUAAUAGACCAUCGCGCACUGCUUAUUCCAAUGAUGUGAAAUUCCACUCGGUUACAGAUUGACAUUCCACAAAAGAUGGCCGUCGAUUUCGCCUUCCAUUGGCGGAGGCGCGGGACCAGGACGGCCCAAUCGGCCAAGGGAACACAUCAACAUAAAAUGAAACAAAAUAUUUAUUGUAACAUUGUAUAUAUACGUUAUACAUACCUUAUACAUAUGUACUAAUUUGUCUUAGGGUACACACAAGAGGUAAAUUGUUGUUUUUAUUUUUUAUGAGGUGAAUUUUGUAGAAAAUUACUUUUGUAUAAUGUUUGUGCUAGGAAAAUUGCAUUAACAUGUUGAUGGGAAUAAUAAUUUCGUCGUUUUUGUAGUUAGUCAGUAUUUUUUUGUUCGGCUUUUUCCAUAAUCCCUCGAGUAGCAUAAAUAGAUAAUUACUUAAAGUAAGGUAGUAAUGUCGGUAUACAGGUUGAUUCAUUAUGAAUGGCCCAUAUAUGAGUUGUAGAUUUUAGACCUCAAAAUAUGAUUUUUGAGUAUUUAAAUUUUAUACAGAGUGUUUAAAAUUUAAAUAUAGAUUUUAAUGUUCGCAAUCAUUUUGUAUAUUUUCACAAUUUCUAUUUAAAAAAUCGACAACUUUACGUUUUUUUUUUGGCUUGGGAAUUGCUAAAUUAGACUCUAAUUUAGAUUGCGAAUAGAGGGCGCUAGUUACACUUGGUUGUGUGUAGUAAAUCAGAGCAUUUUUCUUUCGGGUGAAUUAUGUGCAAAAUAAUAGAAAAAUAUGAAAAAUUGUUAAAUUCUCCAAAAAAGUUACUUUUGUUUGAUUCAGUAAUUCCAUGUUUUUAAGUUAUUUGCUUCUAGCAGGUUGCUUCAAGUUCAAUGAUUCAAAUGAAUCAGGUGUUACACAUUUAGAGAAUAAAAUUUUUUAUUGCAAAAUUAAAAUUACUUAUUCGACUUUUUAGAAGCAAAUAACUCCAUGACCGACCGAAUUACAUGAAUUAAACAAGAUUAACUUUUUCUGCAGAAUUUACCGCUUCUUCAUAUUUUCCACAGUUUUAGUUAUUUUGGCCAUAGUUUACCCAAAACAAAUUGCUUUGAUUUACUAAAAACAACAAAGUGUAACUAGCGUCCUCUAUUGAAAAUGCUAAAUUACAGUCUAAAUUAACAGUCCUCAUGUCAAAAAAAGUAAAACUGCCAAUUUUUAAAUAGAAAUUGUUAAAAUACACAAUUAUUGCGAAAAUUAGAAUUCAUAUUUAAAUGUUAAACACUGUGUAUCUCAGAUGCUAGCAAUAUUGGUAUAAGGCAUGUUGAACAAAAUCACCAUAUUUUGAGGUCUAGAUCUUCAACUCAGAGAUUGGACAUUCUCAAUUAAUCACCUUGUAUAAAGGGAGCGUCACGCUGCAAAACCUACUAAAGGUCGAUACAUAUGGUGUUUUACGCAAUUAAAAUAAUCCAACACCCUCUAUAAUUUAGUACUAAAUUAAAGUUCAGUAGCUAAAAUGGUUUUCAGUGAUUUUUAUAAUAGAUAUUUUUGGUUCCCCCAUUUUCUAAUCUAUUCUCUUUAUUGUAUUUUAUUCUAUGAUUUUCUAUUCUUUAUUAAUAUGUAUUUGUUGUAAUAUAACAAAAAAGUUGGAUAAAUAAUACACUAACAAUAAUAGUAAUAAAUUGGAUACUUAAAUUAACAAUACAGUUGUUCAUUUGGGAAGUUUGUUGCAGCAAUAUUGAUGAACAUUCAGCAUGACGGAAAUAUUUAAAACCACCUUUUUUACGCACUAAUAAUUAAACAACGCUUUAAUCUAUUUUUUUUUCUUUAUUCCAACUUAUUUUUGGAUAUAGGAAAAUGAAAGAAUUUAAUUCCACGAUUUCUCCACGUAAGUAAAUAAUCAACAAGAACCGUGAUUUUUUAAAGAUAAACUUAUAAUGUACCGUAAGAGGUGCAAGACCGUCCUCCAAUUAUUAAAAUUUGGAGCACCAUAGAAGCACUGUAGAAAUAUCAUAUCUCCUCUAUGCUGUGGCAAACCUCCCAGAGAAUAUUUUAUAAUGCAAUUGAUUUUAGGAAGCAAAUGAUAUUGGCGGAUUCAGCUUUUUUUUACAGUAGUAGCGAAGAAUGUCGUAACGUAAGUAAAUAGCUUUUGAAUGAUCAGGUUAAAUAAAAUUUAUGAAAUUAAAAAGAAGCUCACAACUUACAUUUUGAAUUUAACGUAUUUUAUGUCAUAUUCUAAAACCAGUUCUAAUAAUUUUCUAACUUUUAAACAAAAUAAUUUAAUAUCUACGUAUUGGUACGUAAGCUGUGAUAUGAUACGAAUAAUUUACCUGUUGAAUUUGAAAAAUAAAAGCUCAUUAGGGGUUGUAAACAUUAAUCUCUUGUUGUACCGUAAUAGGGACAAAAUAUAUAUACAGGGUGUUCAGGAUAGGAAUAAAGUAUUUAGAAGUAGUAAAAUUAUAUAGAAACUAUCUAGCAAUAAAAAUGUUUGUUAAUCUUGUUCUUUAUGUUGAUUGGUUGUGCUAUAAAAAUGUAAUAAAACAAUAUAUCAUUGUAAAAUAUACUAUGUAUGUGCUACGUUGGAUUAAUUAGGAAAACAUUUUUUUAUUAUAAGACUACAAUUUUUUCAUUAGAAAAUGCCGCAAUAUUUUUCAUUAGAAAAGAAUAAACACAAACGAUUUCAACAUCUUGCCUUUUCUCUUUACUUAUAUCCACCAAAUUAACCCCUUAAUGUACACAUUAAUUUUGAAGUUUCGGUCAAAAAAUGAUCGAAAUUUUUAGAGUGAAAAUGUGAUGUUUAUAUACAAUUAGAUUGAAAAAAAUAUUUUGGGUUUCAAAUGCACUAACACUUUGUAUAAAAAUAAAAUACUGAAAAUUCAGCAAAAUUCAAUUCGUAAAAAUUGUCGAUGGUUCGGACUGCAAGUUAUUAAAUAAAUCUCAUUUUACAAUGUCUUAACACUGGCUGGGCAAUAAAAAAAGGUAUUUAUGUACCCACCGCGAUUUUAACAGAUUUUUAACAAUUCUACAAAAUUCAGUGUAUCAAUAAUUGUCAAUGGUUUCUACUGCAAUUUAUUAAAUAAAUAAAUAUCAUUUUAUAAUAACACUGACUUAAAAAAAGGUCCAGAUGUAAAAGAAGAAAUGUAGAAAAGCUUUUACCGUUAUUUACAAAUUUAUAUGUUUUUAUACAAAUACCAGCUUCGCAAUUGCUGAAAAAUUAAAAGAUUAACAUUUAAGGCUAGCUCGUAUCUUUUCCAUUCAAUUGGCGAAAUUCUUUAUGGAUUUUUUAAUUUUUCUGGGACAAUAUGAAAAAGCUGUGCCAGUUUUAACGAGUCCACAAAAAUACUCUAAAUAAAUUCUCGUUUCAGAUACUACAAAUAUUUGUUUUUUUCUAGAAUAUUUCUAUUAUUCUAGAUACUGAAUUUAGCUGGUAUACCUUGAACUUUAGGUAACCAUAUAAUAAAAAAUAUAAUGGGGUAAGAUCCGGUUAUCUCAGUGGUCAGUCUAUAGAUCCACUUACAUAAUGUCUUUAAAUAAUUUCGGAACGUAUGCGCAUAAUGAGACGAAGCACCGUCUUGCUGGAAAAUGAUUGCUUUGUGAAAACCUUGUAAGGGAUUUAAAAAUAAAAUGGUUAAAUUUUACAAACAAAAAUAGGCGAAUUUUUACUAUUUAGUCAGUUAAUAAAGGAAGCAUCACAUGACACACUUUGCCAUUUAAAAAAAAUUCUGUAGCUGACACCUGAAGGUGGUUCAUCAAAAUUCCGAAACUUUGAUACCAUUAGAUAUUAUACCAAGUUUAAAAAUUUACGUGUCCGAACGAUAUUGUUUAUCUUUAAAAUAAGCGACUUGACAGGGGCAGUAAAAAUGUAUCCUCUCACUGUAUAUUCUUUCGAAAAGUCAAAUCUUUUUGUCUUAUCAUAUUAAAGCAAUUCCCUAUUGUUUCCAUAUUCUAUAGAUAGAUCGGGACUUGGUCCCGAUCGGUUUGAAAUCGGGACUCGGUCCCGAAAUAAUCAUCGGUUUGAUGAUUAUUUCUCUAGGCAUGCGAGGUUUAGGAUUAUUUUUAGUGCUAUUAGUUUUCCAUCCUUUACGUUUAAACUUACAGUAAAUUAUUUUUAGUUUUAAUUAAUGAUUCUGUUAGUGAUUUAUAAAACUAUACAAAUUUCUAUUUUACAAUAUUUUUAUCUUACCAUCCUGUGUAUAUAAUUAUUAGUAGUUGUAAUUAUUUAAUUGUAGAUAUGCUUAGGAUCUAAUUCAUUUGUAUAUAUAUUUUCGCCACUCGAUUCUAGACAAGUUUAGCAUGAAAGGUAAUGAUUAGGCCAGUGGUGAUCCCCCCUCCCCCCAACGUGCUUUAGUUUUCAAUAAACCAAUAACUCGCUGGCAACCGGGCAAACGGUACCAAAGUGUUGGUAACAAAACUGUGCACAACUUUUCCAAGUUGCGGAUUUUUAUUACAAACAUCUUGGUACCAAACUUGCCCGGUUGCGUAUUUACGUUUUCGUGUUCAUUUCAAGGUAGGGUAGUUUUGAAAUAGGCACGGAAACGGCGGAACAUAUUUGCUUUCAAACACGUGUGCAUUUAAAGACGUUUAAUUUUGAAAUGCGCACUGGUUUGUAAAAGCACUUCGCGCGUAAAGUUAUCACAAAUACGUGUUGAAAUUGUUUUUUAUUUAAUUAUAUUUUAACGGUUUAUCACAAAUAGCUCCUAUCUGCAGAAUACCAAAUUAUCAUUCGUUGGAUCUGUGGAAACAAAACAAUUUUGUUA